GCAGUCACCGGCCAACACGGGCUCUGUUGAAAGGGCCGGGUCUGUCUGGAAUCCCGAGCAGAGCGCCGGAGCUUACCCUGGCGUGCAAGUUAACGGCGAUCUCCUGGACUAACUGUAAAUGAUUCUCCAGCAGUUGUUUAUUUGGCCUGACAGCAUUGUCCUUACAUCAUGUUCUGCAGAAGCGUUAGUUGGUUCAUCUGCAUUUUUGUCGGAGUACUCACAGCUGCCGACUAUAGCGACUCUCAUCCCAGUACAGGAUUCCAUCCUGAACUCACAGUCUACCACUUUGGAACUGACAAUCAGGAAUCGCCCACAGCAGGACAGGUCCAGGAGGGGAAAGAGGCUCCCACUGUGGACCUGGGCACCCUGCUGGACGCUGGAGGCAGCGCCGUGGUGACUCUGGUGGCGGGCGACACCCGUCUGGCAGCGCACAGGGCCGUCCUGGCCGCCAGGAGUCCCGUGUUCGCCUCUAUUUUCAGCCACGGCACGCUGGAGGCCACAGUCCCAGACGUGGGGGGCCAGUUACUGCGCCACCUCGUGGCCUACAUGUAUACCCUGCAGGCCCCACAGUUGGCCAGAAUGGCCCCCCAGCUGCUGGCCGCGGCUGAUAAGUACGGCUUGUCAGGCCUGAAGGCUCAGUGCGAGCAGCAGUUGGCUGCACAGCUGUCUGUUGAGACUGCGGUGGCCACAGCUGUGCUCGCUAUUCGGAACUCCUGUAGCAGCCUUAAGAAGGCCGCCGCCGCCUUUAUAAAGACUCAUAUUUUGUACGUGAUGGCCACGAAGGGUUGGGCAGAUGCGCUACAUUGUCAGCCUGAAGAUUUAAUUGAAGUGCUCAAGCUGCUGUCUGAGCCACCAGCAGAAACCAGCACUCCAGCCACUGGAGACAGCGAGGGCACCCCGACCAGUCAGCUGCACAUGGGCCACAAAAACUGCAGCAGGGCUCCUGUUCCAGCUGCAAAGCACACAGCUACCUGCCCCACUCCCACAUUUGACGACGCUUCCGUCUCUUUCCUGCGCACGCCAGGCGCUGGAGAGAGCAGGACCGGCCCCUCCUCGCAGCAGCACAGUGGCCACAGUGACAACGGCCAGAGGCCAGCCACAGCUGUGCCUCCCACCUCUUCGCAGACGACUCCCCAGCCUGAUGACGUCGCCAUCUCUCUCCUGCGCACGCCAAGCGCUGGAGAGAGCAGGACCGUCCCCUCCUCGCAGCCACACAGUGGCCCCAGCGACGACGGCCAGAGGCCAGCCACAGCUGUGCCCCCCACCUCUCCGCAGACGACUCCCCAGCCUGAUGACGUCGCCAUCUCUCUCCUGCGGGAUUUUUCUGGAGAAGAGAAGGGCAAGAUGCUGAUUGCAGCAGCUAAGGAGGGGUCAGUGAGCAAGGUGCGAACGUUGCUGGUAGUGGGGGCGGACGUGGAGGCGAUGGACGAGAACCAGCAGAACUCACUGCACUGGGCAGCAGCCAAGGGACACGUGGAGGUGGCGAGGCGUCUACUGGAGGAUGGAGCUAAUGUCAACGCCAGGGACCGCUGGCAGAACACACCUCUGCAUCAGGCUGCAUGGAAAGGCCACGCACCCGUGGUGCGGCUGCUGGCAGCAUCCUCUGCCGACCGCAACGCCAGGGAUCACAGAGGGAACACGCCACUGCACGAUGCGGCACGGCGUGGCCACCCAGACGCGGCGACUGCACUACUUGAGGCAGGGGCCGACAGAGAAGUCAGGAAUGACAAUGGGGACACGCCGCUGGACCUAGCCAAGCGGAACAACCACCAGCGCCUCGUAGACAUCCUAGGAUCAAGCUAAAUAUAGUGCAAACGACUCUGGAGUAAAAUAAAAAAGGCCUUCUAUGUGACCUUUGUUACUUAUAAAAUAAAUAAUACAGAAAAUUUUAUCCUGCAGCCUUGGUUUGCACCCAUAUUUACAUAGUACAUACAACGACUCAAGUACCAUUACACCAAGAGUUCUUAUAGACUACUAUAAGUUCAAAGAGGGACUCUCCUUUUGCUGAAAAUUCAAAACAAACUGAAUAAUUCUCGAUUACUAACGAACACGUUUUCUACAAUAUUUUUUUAAUGAAAAAUACUUUUUAGGUGCAUGUUUGGUGCUAUGUGGAACUUUUAUAAAACUUUUAUGUAUU